AUGCCUGCAAGAGGCCCAUCAGGACCAUGGCAACGCCUCAAGCCGGUCGAACUGGACCCCCUCGAGAGCAUGGGCUUACCCUCCAAGGGCGAGACGAGACUUCUCGAUCACAAGAACCAGGAGCGCUACUACACAAAGAUUGUCGAGCGUUAUCUCAGCUUCUGCUCCGAUGCUACCGACCGUGAUUCGCUUCUUGAGAAAUUUGGCUCGCUUUCCAUCGCCAAGGAAAGGGGCGCAUCCUCAGGUACCGACGCCUCAGCAGAUUCCGGAACAAGCGCCUCUACCAUCUCUGCGGCAAACACGGCAUCCACCCCAUCGGUCGCGCCCUCUUUCCCUGCACCCACGCUUCCGCAGACGGGUACCAAGGACCUGUCCACCGUCUUGAUGGCUCUGCGGAAACUCCGUGAAGGGCUUGUGGCCUCAAAGCGCAUCGACGACUUCGCAACACAGGCCUACCUGUUCAACGUGCGAACCGCCAUUCUUGUCAAGCAUUCCGAGAGCUACCACCCCGCAAUCCUGUACCUCUUGCGCACCAUCCACCCAAAGCACCCUCUCACCAGUUUCGAAUUGCGCGAGGUGACAGGCUACCUCGUGCUUGACGCCGCAUGCCGCAGAGGCGACCUGGCCGAAGCCUUCGCCUUGCGCAACCGUUUCAAGUUGCGGGACGCAAAAGUUGAUGCCGUCCUGCAGGCGUUGGCUCGCGAUGACUUCAUCGCAUUCGGUAGGGUAAAGGCGACUGUCGACGGCCACCAGGCCAAGUUCCUCGAGUUCUGCGAGGAUGGCUUAAGGCGCCAUACGCUCAAGUGCUUCGGGCGGGCAUACCUGUCCGUCGAUGUCCCUUAUCUCGAGAAGGCUACCGGGGCGACAUUUCUUGAGCUUGUCGAGAGAGAUGGCGUUGGCUGGCACUCGGACGGCUCCAAGGUCGUCAUACGCAGCAUCAAGGGGCGUUCCUAA